UGGAAACAGGGUGAUUAUAGCAGCUGCAUUCUCAACAAAAUGAUGAGAACGUAAAAGAUAUUUUCUAUAAAUACUAUUUUCCCGCUCCAAUUUUCUUAAAGUAAUGCCAUAGAACAAUGGAGGAACUAUGUCGGGUUUGCCACGGAAUCUCCGAAAACAUGGUGAACAUUUUUGAAGGAUCAGGAAGUCUUGGGAUUUCCAUAGAACACAUGAUAUCUGAAGUCACCGGUUUUAGACUAGAAAAAGGAGACUCAUUUUCGGAAACCAUUUGUCCGCCUUGCCUGGAAGAUGCCCAAAAUGCAUACGAUAUUAUAAAAACCUACGAGCGCAGCUACAGGAUCUUUUGUGAAGCUAAGGAUGCCAUCCUGGAGGACGAUAUACCGGAGGAAGAAGCCAGUCUGGCAUCAGACAGGGAUGGUGAGAGUUUGUUAAUUGCCGAGGAGCCACCCGAGGAUAAUGACCGAGUCGAGAAAGCCCCCCUAAUAAAAGGAAAUGAUCAAUCCGAUCAACAAACAAAAAGAAAUGAAAUUAAAGAUGCCCACUCCAAUAAUAAUAUUAACAAUGUUGUUCCCUCAAAGAUCAAGGGCCCUGUAACAAGAGGAUUCAACAAACGUGAUAAGAAAGUCAAUGAUACAUCAGGAGAUGAUAGUGAUCAAUCUGAUGAUCAGAUAAAACACAACGGCACUGGAAAGAAAGAUUACGUUAACGAUAGCGCUCGAUCAGAGAAGGGCUAUAAGUGUUCCUAUUGUCAAAAAAUAUUCGCGCAUCCAUCAAUGCUGAAGAGACACAUGCUCAUGCACACGGGGGAACGACCGUUUAAGUGUUCACACUGCACGAAGUCCUUUCGGCAGAAUGGUAAUCUUACGUUGCAUUUUAGGACUCAUACGGGGGAAAAACCCUUUAAGUGUACCACCUGCAAGUCAGCAUUUCCGAGUCAAAGUAGACUUACAGAACACAAAAGAAUUCACACGGGGGAAAAACCCUUCAGGUGCACCGUCUGCAGGAAAGCUUUUCCGAAUGUAUCAAAACUCAACCAACACAGAAAGGUCCACUCGAAAGAACGACCCUUUCAGUGCGAGUAUUGCGAAAAGUCAUUUGUUGAUAUCGAACAUCUUAGGCGACAUACACGAACCCACACGGGAGAAAGACCCUACAAAUGCCCUCAUUGCCAGACACAUUUUAGGAAUUCAGCAAACCUUAUUCGCCAUAGGAAGUUGCAUGAGAAAGAACAACCGUAAACAUACUUAUUUUUAAAAAGGCAUAUUAUUAUAAUUACAUUUCCAACGGGUUUCUGUGUCUAUUUAAAACCUAAAUUCGUUAUAACUAAGAUUAUAAUAAAACCUCGAAUUUUGUUUGCCUUUUAAAAA